AUGGGCAUAACUGGGUUGUCUGGCUUUGAGGCGCGUAAUGCUGAACUUUAUGGAGCAAGAUGGUCGGCGCUAUCGCAGGCGAUACGACGUGGCACAGCCACUGUUGCGUUGAUCCCACCGUUCUUUUGUCAUAUACCUGAGCAGCAGGAAGAAGGAGAAAGACGGCCUACAUCAGAAAUAAACGCUGCUGAACUGGAAGGUAGCGCCUAUUAUCGCAGGUCAGAGAUUCCGUACUGCUAUGAGCAACAGGUCUUCCAAGAAUCGUCACAAGGUACUGAUAUACGAGAAGUUGACCUAUACGAGAAGAAGGCUGUACUUAAUGCCAACAACUUAGUGGCAACUGUCGCAGAUUGCGUAUACCACAUGAAUCCGGGGCUAUGUUACGCCUGUCAUUGUCUGGAUGCUUCACCCGGAGAUAGAGUACUGGACAUGUUUGCACACGGUGGAGGCCAUAGCCUCAUCUUUGCUUCACUUAUGUUCCCCUCUACGGAAACAAUGUCGGGGAUCUCUGGUGAAGGACGGAGCACGGCAGAGGUGAUUGCACUGAUAAAUAGAGCUCGCAAGGAGAUGCAUGACAAGACAGAUAAAUCGUUCUUAGUUUGUGCUGAAUCUAGACGUGUGAUGUACGAUGCUUGUAAAUGCAAUCUGCGCAAGUACUUGCCAGAACGACUUCUGAGUUCGAUGAGCAUACAGACGUUAUGUCACGAUGGAGAGGAACACAAGCUGCGACGUUUUGGUACAUUCGAUCGCAUAUUUGUCAGGAUACCGCAAUCCGUUGACCCCGCAUCUCCAUAUCAGUGGAGCAAGCGUAAUGUUAAGGCGAGUUCUGCGAAAGCGCUGGCUGCUUUGAACACUGCACUUGGUCUUUUGCGACCUGAGGGCACCAUUUUGUACGUUACACAUUCACUCGAUCCUAUGGAAAACGAGCUUGUCAUUCACACAAUGCUGCAGUCUACGUCUCAAUUACGUCAUGAGACGAUUGAUAUGCCCACAGUGUUAAAAAAAAUUAGAAAUAAGCUUUCAUGGACGCAAGAAGUUGAUGCGAAGUUACCUUCGGUAGAGAGCCGCAAGUAUGGUUGCGCUCUAAUGCCGGACAAAACGCCUUGCGGUCCGCUCUAUAUAUGUAAACUUGUUUCAAUUAAACAAUGA